AUGUCGUACGAGAACUUGACCCCUCCAGAGAAGAAACCUCAAAGAGGUACUUUCACCAAGUAUUGGAUUAUCUUCUUGUCAGCUAUAUGUUCCAACAUCUUCGUUGUAUUCCUUUCAAUAGGUGCCCUUUUUUACCAUUUAUAUCAGAAGAUUGCGGGGAUUGAAACUAAUAAGGUUAAAGAUAAUUCAACUCCAAAUUUCACCCCAAGACAACCUUAUAAGAAUAUCAAGAAAAUGAAAGCUACUGAUGAUUUACGUUAUUAUGCCUUGCAACUUGAACUUGACUUGCAAGAAUAUAAAGUAACAACUGAAGAUGGCUUCAUCCUUACUUUACACAGACUUAUUAAUCCAAAGGAUACAGACAUUGAAAGACAACAUAAGCACCCAAUUCUUUUACAACAUGGAUUACUCUCUUGUUCUGGUGCUUAUCUUACAUCCGGUUAUAAUUCAAUUGCUUACUAUUUGGUUGAAAGUGGGUAUGAUGUUUGGAUGGGUAACAAUAGAUCCUGGUUUGAAACUAAGCAUGCAUUCUUGGAAGGAAACCUCAUGCAUAAUGAACAAUAUUGGGACUGGGAUGUAAGAGAACUUGCUUACUAUGAUUUACCUUGUCUUAUUGAAAAUGUAUUAUCUCAUAAGCCAAACCAUUCCCAGCUUACUCUUACAGGUCAUUCUCAAGGUUGUACUCAAAGUUUUUUAAUGUUAAAAAAUGGUAACUUGGGUGAGAUUCAUAAGAAGAUUAAUUUAAUGGUUUGUUUAGCCCCAGCCAUUUUUCCAGGAAGUUUAUUCCAUUAUCGUUCAUUUAUCAAGUUCAUGCAUAGUUUGGGUCCAACUUCAUUCAAAAUUGUGUUUGGUACUUGUAGUUUCUUGCCAAACUUAACCUCGAUUCGUCAUUUAUUGUUUAGUACGAGAAUCUUUGGAUCGAUGUCAUAUAUGAUGUUCAAAUAUUUGUUUGGAUGGAAUGGAAGUAAAUGGGGGAAUGAUCAUAGAUUAUGGCAUCGUCAUUUCAUUUUCAAUGUAAGUUAUGUUUCAACAAAAUUGAUGAAUUGGUGGUUGAGUGAUUGGGUGGAAGAAGGUUUUUCUAAUCAAUUACAACCCAAGGCUGCUUACUUAAAUGGUGACCAUUGUGCAUUUACUCCUGUGAAUUCGGCUGCUGAUGCUGCCCUGGCAAGACUUUCAUUUAUUGAAGCCGAGAAUGAAGCUAGAGAACAAGAAAUUGAAGUCAAAGAAAAGGAUGACUCGAAAACAUACUUUCCUUAUAAACAACCAUGGUUUGGUGUAGAUGAAAGAAGUACCACUGUACCAAUGUUAAUAUUCACUGGCCAAUUGGACUUUUUGGUUGAUGGUGAUAGACUUUCUACUCAUAUGCGCCAUUAUGAACGCCAAGCAUACCUGGAGAGUUCUAACUUGACUAUCGUUGAGUUGGAUGAUCACUCACAUUUGGAUGUUGUAUGGGCUGAAGAUGUUAUUGGCCGAAUCGGAUAUGUCAUGACUGACAAGCUUGCUGCAUUAUACGGUGAAAAUGCACCCGAAAAAGUGAAAGUAGAAGGUGACGCUAAUGUAGAAAAUGAAAAUGAAAAAGAAGAGGAAAAGAACUCUCCUACUCCAUAA